CAAGGGCAGCUGAGUGGCAACAUGGAGGUCUAUCACAAGAUGGAGGCUGGUGGCAGCACCAGCAAAGAGGCUCUGAUGGCUGAUGCACCACCGGUCUACUCAGCAUCCCCCCGGCUCCCUGGACUUCCUUGCAAGAAGCCCCUGAUCAUUGUUGUCGUGGUGGUCGUGAUCGUCUUGGUCGUCCUGGGCUUCCUAUUGAUGGGGUUGCACAUCACGGAGAAGCACACGGAGACGGUCCUGCAGAUGACAAUCCAAGGGUUGGAUGGCAAAGGCUCCCCGCAGCACCUUUCAAUGAGCCAAAAGGAGAGGUUGGCAACCUUCCACGUCCACGUCGAGGCCAACGCUUCUGCCACAGUAGUGUACGACUUCAGUAACCUGGUGAUUGGCUAUCGAUCCUGGCCAAGAGGACAGUCCUGCUACCUCACCCGAAUGGAUAAGGAGGACAUCCAAAGCUUGGACGCUGUGGUCAAGGUGUUCCAAGAGGUCCAGAUGAAGCCUAUCAUGCCACCUUUCCAACAAGGCGAGGAGGAGAUGAUGGAAGGCCACCCUGAGCCUCUGGCUGACCGUUCCUUGCUGGGCACCACCAUUAACAUCCUCUGCAGCAGCGUCCCCAUCUACUGGGCUUAAUGGAGAGAUGGCCAAUAAAUAGGGCCAGCGGCCAUCAAGGCUACGAACCAAACUGAACUCCUCCGCCAGCUCCGUCGACAGAACUUCCUACAACAAAAUCAUGCCAUCCAAAAGAGAGUUUCUUGGACUGAGCCUUCAGGUGCCUUACUCCUAAAACACACAGAAACAUGGAGAAAGCUUUUGGGGAUUUUUAAACAAAACGCUCCAAUCUUGCUUCUAGGUACAAACUGAACUGUCAGCCCCUUCUCAGAUUUCUCCCCGCAAAGAAAACCAUAAUGCCAGCACUUGGGUAGCGUGUGCCAGAGUUUUGCUGAGGGGUCCAAUUGUCGCUCAGCUGCUGCUCAGUGCUUUGAUGGUCCUGAAUUCAAAUCCCACAGCUGGGAAAGUCCCCCAUCUGAAAAUUUUAACAACCAUUGUGAUAAGUGAAUAACAAUGACAUAGAUGGGCAUGAUCUGGGCAUUGGGGCAAGGGCAAUUUUCUAGCCCUCAGGACCCACUUCAGGCUGUAGCAGUCCCCAAAAUGCAGAAAGGGGGGGUGGAAAAUGAAAUUGCAAAUAACCCAGUGUCCAGUGUCAUUUGGGUGGGCUGGAAAAGCCUUGUACUUUGCUUUAUCGCAUGAUCGCUGCUGCAGGAAGCUUCUAGGAACAGAAGUUGGCUUCUUCUUCUUCUUCCUAAAAAGAACAUGCAGUGGAGCAGAUCAGAGGAGUAAGGCCAGGAGAUGCAAAAAGCAGCCUUGGGAAUCGUUCUUGAGCCAAAUGGAUCAGCGAUCCCAUUUGUUACAAGAGUCUCUAAUGUUCAGGCUGGGGAUGAAAGAUGCAUUAUUUGAACACUCCUCUAUUUAAACACCAAAAAGCAUCCUAAGGUUCCUAUGUCAGAUAUCUUGCAAAUGUCUUCCAAAUACAUUAGUCCCAGGUGUGCAAAAAGUUCUGUUUUUGCAAGGGAAUGGGAUUUGAUCUUUCGGUCUGUCAUUUGCACACAUGGCUCUGAACCAGGAGUGUGCAAUGAAUCUAAAGUCUAUCAAGAAUUCAGAGCAAUGGAAGAAAACAGACCUGAUUUACUGUUGUAUUACCUCUUUGUACAACUCGCAGACUGACCCUGUUCAGAUUCAGCAGCCGAUUAUAUCACCCAGGCAGAUUUUUGUAUCCAUUGUAAUGAUCUGCAGCUGUGAUUUUUCUUAUCUUUUCUAAUACUGCUUGUUAAAUCCAUAAUAAAAAACAAUGUGUAGAAAUGCAAUUUGAGUGACUGUGUGCA